UUACUUUACCUUUAUUUACGGUAAUUUACCAUGUAUUUUACGAUAAAAUUCAAAAGUGAGGUUAAUAUCGGUCUUUUGUUAUUGUUUUUUUUUUAAAUGUGUGUGUAAUUAACGAAUUAACAAAAAUGAGUUUUGCAAAUUGUCAACUAUCUAAAAGUUCAUUAAAAGAAAUAAGAGACUUCAUAUCAAACAAAGAUAUUAAUUCUAAUCCUGCAUGGCUUUCAAUAACAGGAAAAUCAUUGUACGAGAAAAAUGAGAGUCAACAUGAUAAUAAUAAAAGAAUUGAAAAUGAAUCAAAUUCAAAUGAAAAUUCUCUAGAGGAAAAUGAUGUUAACAAUGAAAAUCGUUAUUUUUUCACUCAAGUGGAAAAUUUUAUGAAUAAUUCAGAAAAAUUAUUAAUUGAUUCAUCAUUAUCAAUGGAGGAUUUAAUAAAAUGUUCCAUUGAAACUUUAGAACAAACGAAUGGUCGUCUUAAAUUUCAAAAUUUAGAAGAUUUAACAAAUGAUGAAUUAACAAUUGUUUUUAAUGCUUUAAAUGAACGUUUAAAUGAAAAUGGUGUAUUUAAUUUAUGUUAUUCCAUUUGUAAUAUGACAAUUGAACAAAGUUUAACAUUUUUACCAUCAUUGGCAAUCAAUUUUUUAUUGCCCAAGAUCACUGAAUUAGAAAACGAUUCAGUUUUAAUAAAAAAAGGAAUUUGUGAUUGUGCACAUAAAUUUACAAAUGAAUUACGAGAAUUAGUAUUAACAGAAAUUUUCAAUAGUGAACCAAAAAGUAUUAAUAUUAUUAUUGCAUUGUUGAAAAUUUUUGAUAGUCAAAAACAUAUAUCUUUUUUAUCAGAAUUUGCAAAUCGAACACAAGAACUAAAACAAUGGCAUAUUUCUAUAUUAAAUAUGUUUCCAUCAGUUAAAUUAGAAGGAAUUUCAAGGAAUAAACUAUUGAAAUUGUAUGUAAAAAAAGCAAAUUCUUAUUCAGAUAAUAAAGAUUAUGCUAAAUUAAUUCAUUCUUUUGCAAAAGCUAAUACACCAUUUACAGAUGAAGAAAGAACAAUGUUAUUGGAAAUUGCAACGUUAAAUACGACAAUUUAUAAAAAACUUAUUAUGAAAUAUUGUGUAAACUAAAAAACUAUUAUUAAUAAUA